AUGAAGGCCACCUGGAUCCGCCUGCUGAAAAGAGCCAAGGGAGGUCGCGUCAAGAGCUCAGAUGCCUACGGUUCGGCCGAUUCCUACACCAGCCGUCCAUCAGACUCUGAUGUGUCUCUGGAGGAGGACAAAGAGGCAGUUCGCAGAGAGGCAGAGAGGCAGGCUCAGGCACAACUUGACAAGGCAAAGACGAAACCCGUUGCGUUCGCCGUCCGCACAAACGUCAACUACAGCCCCAGUCACGACGACGAUGUCCCAGUACCCGGCAUGGCGCUCUCCUUCGAGGCUAAAGACUUUCUUCACGUCAAAGAGAAAUUUAACAACGACUGGUGGAUAGGGCGUCUAGUCAAGGAAGGUUGCGAUAUCGGUUUCAUUCCUAGUCCGGUGAAGCUGGAAAAUACUCGAGUUCUACAAGAGCAGAGGGUCAAACAGGGAAAGUUUCAUUCCAGCAAACUGGGCGCAAACUCCUCCUCUAGUUUAGGUGAGGUAGUUUCCAACUCCCGAAAAUCUACUCCUCCAUCGUCUGCCAUUGACUUAGACACCACAGGCUUAGACACAGACGACAAUGAGCCACCCGUCAUCCUGCGCUCCCCUCGCUGCGGCGCAAACAAUGUCACGUCCCCUUUAGCAAAAGAGAAACGAAUGCCCUUUUUUAAGAAGACGGAACACAUUCCUCCAUAUGAUGUUGUGCCUUCCAUGCGGCCCGUGGUUCUGGUUGGACCGUCACUCAAGGGCUACGAGGUGACUGACAUGAUGCAAAAAGCACUGUUUGACUUUUUGAAGCACCGAUUUGAAGGACGAAUAUCCAUCACUCGGGUGACGGCGGACAUUUCACUCGCUAAGCGCUCCGUUUUGAACCAUCCUAGCAAGCACGCUAUCAUAGAGCGCUCUAAUACGCGCUCCAACUUGGCUGAAGUCCAGAGAGAAAGGGAGCGCAUAUUUGAGCUGGCGCGGACGCUGCAGCUGGUCAUCCUGGACGCCGACACCAUCAACCAUCCGUCGCAGCUGGGCAAGACGUCGCUAGCCCCCAUUAUUGUCUACGUCAAAAUCACCUCUGCCAAGGUCCUGCAGAGACUCAUCAAGUCGAGAGGCAAAUCUCAAGCCAAACACCUCAACGUCCAAAUGGUGGCAGCUGACAAGCUAGCGCAGUGCCCGCCUGAGAUGUUUGACAUCAUCCUGGAUGAGAACCAGCUGGAGGACGCGUGCGAACACAUGGCCGACUACCUGGAGGCCUAUUGGAAGAGCACUCAUCCCAACAGCUGCGACGCCCCAGACCCGCUGGCGACCAAGAUGCCUGCCGCCGCCCUGCCCUCAUCCUCCGGCGUGCAGAGUGGCGGUUCAGAGCAUCGAACAGACAAAGCUUUAGUGGAAAGGAAGAGCUCCAGAGAGGAGCACCACCACCAUCAUCAAAACCAGGACGGCGCCGACCCUGAGGAACCCGACGCCGAGGAGCGCCCCGCCAGGACCGAGUCCUCCCGUCGAGGACAGCCUCCCUCCCAGCACCGUUCUUCCUCUACCCGGACCGAACACCACAACCACCACCACCACAGACACCACCACCAUCACCACCACCACCACCACCGGACCAGAGGCCUCCCCCGACAGGAGACGUUGGACUCUGAGAGCCCCGAGGGCAAGGAUGUAGAGCCUCACACUCAGCUCCUCCACCAGCGGCAGCAAGCCGAGGAGGAGGAGAGGCAAGACUUAGCCGAACCUCAGCCCCACCGGGAUCACAACCACCACCAUCACCACCACCACCACCGCUCCAAAGAACGCGAGCAGGACCACAAUGAACGCAACAAGCAGCGCUCUCACCACCAUCAACAACAAAGGCCGACACGGGACCACCACCAAUAUGACAGAGAGCCCAACAAAAGGAGCGACGCGGGGGAAUGGGCCCGAGACUCGUACAUCCCCCAAUAG